AUAUACAUAUAUAUUAGCCUAAAAGAGAAACCUCAGUUAGGGUUUCCAGCUAUUAGAAGGUGAGAGCGAAGCCGCCGCCGAUCCCGCAGUGACUCUGCCCGCCGAUUCGAAACCUGAGCCAUGUCGUUGAUAGCGAAUGAGGAUUUCCAGCACAUUCUGCGUGUGCAGAACACCAACGUAGAUGGGAAGCAGAAGAUCAUGUUCGCGUUGACCUCAAUUAAGGGCAUUGGCCGCCGAUUCGCUAACAUUGUCUGUAAGAAAGCCGAUGUGGAUAUGAACAAGAGGGCCGGCGAACUUUCCGCUGCAGAGAUCGACAAUUUGAUGGUCAUUGUAGCGAAUCCUCGCCAAUUCAAGAUUCCUGACUGGUUUUUGAAUAGGAAGAAGGAUUACAAGGAUGGAAAGUAUUCGCAAGUGACAUCUAAUGCCUUGGAUAUGAAGCUGAGGGACGAUCUUGAGCGUCUGAAGAAGAUUAGAAACCACCGAGGUCUCCGUCACUAUUGGGGUCUUCGCGUCCGUGGCCAGCACACUAAGACUACCGGCCGUAGGGGAAAGACUGUCGGCGUUUCCAAGAAAAGAUGAGCAUCUUAGAAUGAGCUCUGAUAGCUCCCUCCAGCUAUGAUUAUCCCCGUCUAAAAAUUUCUACUACAGUAAAUUAAAUGCCUGCCUGGAAUAACAUAAGGCUAGAGCUAGUGCAGUUUUUCUCAAUAUCACAGCCAGCCAAGAACACUCUAGUUUUCUCCUAUCCAUUGAAAACUUUGCAACCCUUCCAGCAUUGUUCAAAAGAAUUGGAUCAAAUUCAAAUUGAUCUCUAGGAAUUGGGAGUUGAAGUAGCCAUAUAUAUAUAUAUAUACAACAAAACAAAUGAUUGAUUAUAUCCCCAUGUAUGCAUGCAUGCAUUUGACAACAUCUAUUAAAGUCAAGAAUCUUUCUUACUUAGUAACUGGUUAUGGUUAUGGUUAUGAGCUU